GCCACCACCCGCGACAUGUACAAAGUCGAAGAUCGAGGUUCUGGCUCGGAUGAAGUCAAGCUGCAUGGCCCGCGCUAUCCAUAUCGACUGAACUUUUAUGACACGCCUCCUCUUUACGAUGUUACUAUCGAGGCAUUCGAGUCUGCAGCGCUGAACCGCCUGCGGGUCCUGGCAGAGAUCGAGUCCUCCGCCGCGCGCGACCGCAAGUGGGACGAGACGAAAACAGUCAUAAUCGCGCAAUGCGAAAAGUACCUCCCCCUCAAAUCGGCCGGCGCACUCAACGUCGACCUCGAUGAACAGCGGAGAACAGACCAGCUUGGCCACUUUGUCUUAAGACUGGCUUUCUGUCGCUCCGAGGAACUAAGACGACGAUUUGUUAAGGCGGAGACUACUCUUUUCAAGAUUCGUUACGAGACAGACGACAGCGUGGAGAGGCAGAAGUUCCUGGGCUCGCGAAAUUUCAACUGGGUUGCGGUCGGAGACCAGGAAAAGGCGGAGCAUCAACAGAGUCUACUCACCUACUAUAACACGAAAAACGACGAUUUUGCGAGGGAGAAGUAUUUCAAAGUCCGAUGGACGCGUGUCCCCGACCUCGUCGACCGGCGCAGGGUAUUUCUCAAAGGCGGCUGGGCGUAUGUCCCUGGCAAGGAACAAUCUAGCAUCAUUUACCAGGAGUUUGAGACACAUUUGGAAAAGGAUUUGAUGGUUACUGCAAGAUAUAUGCCCCGGCUAGAUGAAGACACGCGUUUGAAGGGUGUAUUGGACAAUCUUUCGCAAGGUUUCCUUGCCGGCGUAUCCUCUGAAUGGAAUAGCUCUCCGAUGGACGCCAAUGUCCAGGGCAUCAAAGCGGAGAUGGUCGACGAGCUAGCCGCGAAGCACUUCCCGAUGUGCAUGCGGAACUCACAUCAGAAACUCCGCGCAGACCACCGCCUGAACCACUUUGGCCGAUUGCAAUACGGCUUGUUCUUGAAGGUGCUCGGACUGUCUAUUGAAGAGGCCAUCGUCUUUUGGAGAAAGUCGUUCGACCGCAUAACAGACGACACGUUCAACAAAAUGUACAAAUACAACAUCCGGCACUCGUAUGGGUUGGAGGGCAAGCGGGCGAACUAUCCAGCAAAGACCUGUCAGCAAAUUCUCACCUCUGGCGGGGACCCUGGCUGCCCAUACCGCCACUUUUCGGUGGAUAAUUUACGGUCUGCGUUGGUCUCGGCGUAUGGGCUGAGCUCCGCUGACCUCCACGAUGUGAUGAACCAAGUGAAGAACAACCAUUUCCAUGUCGCGUGCACGAGGGUCUACGAAAUCACACACGCGUCGUCUGGCGUGAAGCGAGGAGACGGCGUUGGUAGCGGGGAGAGCGUCACGCAUCCGAACCAGUAUGCGGCGAAGAGUAUGGAGCUGGAGAAGGCGAAAGAGGAGAAGGCAGCAGCCAUGGUACCCUAA